GAUAUAGUGAAUGCAGGGUCCGGGAGAACAGAUAUAGUGAAUGCAGGGGUCCGGGGAGACCAGAUAUAUAGUGGAUAUAGUGAAUGCAGGGUCCGGGAGACCAGAUAUAGUGAAUUGCAGGGUCCGGGGAGAGCGGAUAUAGUGAAUGCAGGGUCCAGGGAGACCACAUAUAGUGAAAUGCCGGGUUCGGGGAGAUCAGAUAUAGUGAAUGCAGGGUCCAGGGAGACCAGAUAUAGUGAAUGCAGGGUCCGGGGAGAAGCGGAUAUAGUGAAUGCAGGGUUUGGGGAGACAGAUAUAGUGAAAUGCCGGGUCUGGGGGAGACCAGAUAUAGUGAAUGCAGAGCCAGGGGAGACCAGAUAUAGGGAAUGCCGGGUCCGG